GCGUUAUUCAUUUUUUGCCGUUAAAUUCAGUGGAAACGGAGCCCGGUGCGGUUGGGCAUAGUGCGAAAAAAUCAAUCGUAGUAAAAGGGAAGGCGUCGGCCGCCAUUUUCCUGCGUAGGCAACGGACGGGGACCGUACAGUGCGGAGUGCGGCCAUCUUUAGCAUAAGGACAUUUCCGGUUCGCGGCAAACGUCAGUUGGGACAUUUAGGUUAGAAUUAUCUGUCAACGUCAAGUGUCGCCAAUAGAUUAAUUAGGUUAUCGUCAAUAUAAAAUCCAACUUUAAGGUAAAGCCAAAGCCACCUAACCUGUAAACUGUUAGUCGAAUAGUGUCACAAAUUAGUGUCUUUCAUUAAUCGUAAAGUAAAUUCACGUCAUGUCGUUAAAGUCAAUCAAGGUGCAGCUGCGCACCAAGUACCAAAUGUUGACCGACUAUGCUGGCACGGUCACAUCACGACCUGACAGCAUGGCCGCGUCGGUGGCGAAGCGGCACUUUGAUCAUAUUUAUACUGAGUACGUCAAGGCCCACGAGUCACUGCUGGCCUACGAAGGUGAGCUCGAGGAGGAGGAACGGCUUCAAUACCAGGAGUGCUUUAGCGAGGUUAACCGGCUGCUGAUCCAGCUAGACGAGGCGUCGGCUGGAGAGGCUGGCCAGUCACACACACCCCGUGGACAGGCAGAAGCUACCGAACAGAAUCAAGACCUUAUACGAGGAGAGGUACGGUGGCAAUCCGGAGGUGUUGCCCACUCUCACGCAGCUACUGGCGCUGUUGGAGGAGCAGUGCCGGGUUCAGCAAGCGGUCUCGCCAGCAGCGGCGGAGCAACCAACUGCGCAGCGUGGUUCCGCACCUGCACGAGGAAGAGCGGGGCCGUCGGGUCAAGCUACCAGGAAACCGGGACCGCCAGCGAGGGUCCUCGCCAUCGAACAAGAGACCAAUCAGGUGAAUUCACCCCCUGUUCUUUGCUCAUACUGCUCGAGUGACCAGCACAGCUUGUACAAAUGCCCGAAGUUCCUCAACCUGGCGAUUUCGGAGCGGAAGACCUGGGCUAGGAAGUCAGGCGCAUGCUUCAGAUGCCUGCGCAGUCACUACGCACGCGAGUGCAUGCAGCGCAACUGGUGCGCACAGUGUGAGUCGUCCGCACACAACUCACUGCUGUGCG